ACAGGUCAGAGUGAACCGAUGCAGUCAUAAUUAGAGCGAAGUGAUCACACCUGUGGAGACCUCUGAUGAUACCUGGUUUAUCACAUCAUCAUUGUAUCUGUCGGACAGAAAACAGUGAGACCGUUCCUGUGCUGCAUAAUGUGGCUUCUGCUUUUCCUCUGCAUGUCCACAGUUGGUGGAGUCCCCAUAAAUUCAACACAGGAGGCUAGCAGCCAUGCUCCAGCCGGUGAUGUGCUGUUAAACGACACCCUGCAUGCAGAUCAUGGGGCCCAAGCAGUUCAGGAUUCAGGUGAGGUGUCCAUGAAGCUGAAACCUUCGCUGAGAGACAGUGCAGAAACCUUGGCGGAUCUUCAGGAAGACAUGAUUGUACAAGAGGGAGACAUUUUGUUGCCGAUGAAUGAUCAUCAGGAUGAAGUGAAAGCUGACAAGUCGAUAAAGAAGUGUGUCCAAAGCUGCAGAUUGUACAAAAGUGUAGGAAUGCUGUGGAGAUGCUGUGGUUGGACGCGAUCGUGCCCUCAUAAAGAGGGGGACUUCCACACUGCGUUCCAGAUGAUUUCGGAUUACACGUGUAUUCGCUUCACGCCGCACACCCACGAGUAUAACUACCUGAAGUUCAAGACCGGCAAGGGUUGCGCCUCGUUCGUUGGCUGUCGUGGAGGAGCUCAGCCGCUGUAUCACUCCCGGAAGUGUAGCGUCGGAAAUCUCUGCCACGAGAUCAUUCACGCUCUGGGGUUACAUCAUGAACACACACGCAAGGACCGGGAUGAUUACGUCUCCGUGCAGUGGGAGAGUAUCAAGCCAGGCAGAGAGAAGAACUUCGCUCUGAAAUAUGGAAACACUCUGAAUCUGCCGUACGAUAUCAACUCCAUAAUGCACUAUGGAUCGUAUUUUUUCAGUGCAGACGGAAAUCCGACCGUGUUGCCCUUCGAGGUUGGAGUUCAGAUGGGUCAGAGAACUCACCUCAGUCAUCUGGACAUACAGAGGAUAAACAAACUCUACCACUGUGAUGAGCGGACGAAGUGAACCCACACCAUGUUGGUUAACCUUCAUUUGCCCUGAAGUGCAAUAAAAUUGUAAACCUCCAA